AUGACAAGCAACCUGUGCCUCCCUGCUACUGCUGGACCUGUAUUACAGACUCCGUCCCGUGGUCGCCUCGAUGGAGACCAAGUUCGAAGUGCCUGCACUGCCGUCAACACGAAAAAGGCGUACCGAAGCUAUUUAAAGGGCAUAUCUACCUGGGUUCGCGCCACUUGGCAGGAUGCCGAAGAAUUCUUCUGCGAGGACGGCAGCCUUAACCUCGGCGUGUUCCUGCCUACGCACUUCGAAGCGUUCCUGCUGCAUAAAAUGAAUGCGGGCAGCGUCAAAGUGUCGACACAGAAAGGGCUCAAGCGAGUGGAGGCGGAUGAAGACCAAGCGGGGCGCUCGCGUCGAGUCGGCAAGGAGCCGCUGACGCUCUCUCUGUACGGGGAGCUGGCCAAGCGCACGCUAGCUUUGAGUGACAACGGUACGUGGAUGCGCCCUACUGGUAUACCCCCACACGUCGAGCUUUUUGAGCAGCACAUGAAGACGCGACAGGCGCUGAACCAUCUCCCGGAUCUACUGCUGGACGGAUUUGCUAUGCUACUGGACGAGAAAUGCAAUCUGCCGGCUCGAGGAAAGAUGGUGAAGCUCUUCUGCGCGAUCGUUGGUGCGGCGGGCAGUGCGUUUCCUGUGGACAUUGACGCGGGUCAGUCGGCGGGAGACUUGAAGAAGGCGAUCAAGGCGGAGAAGACGAACAAGUUGAAGGACAUCGAUGCAGGUGACCUGCAGCUCUUCCUGGCGAAGAAAGACGAGGGCCGCGGCGCGUGGCUGCCAGACGACGACCAAGCUGCGCUGGAUCUGGAGGACGGAAAGAUUCAUGAGGACAUUCAAGCGUUGAUCGAUGGAGAGAAGAUGAAGGCGACGAAGACUUUGCAGCACUGGUUGUUCGAGAAGAACGAGAUGCCUCCACCCUCUACCGAUCAGAUCCACGUGCUGGUGGUGGUUCCGGAGCAAGAACACGCACAAACUGGAUUGUGGCUUGUCACUGGAUCCGUUGACAACGCGCUGAACACGAAAGGGAUUCGCUGCAAACUGUACUGGAUGGCGACGUUACGCAUUGGAUACUACGAUCCUACGCGCUGCAUCGGCAACAAGAAUCGCGUCUUCUACUGCGACUACGUUCCAGACGAUUCGGAAUCUCCUCAAAACACAGUUUCAUCGAUAUCGUUGACUACAAGCGUUUCGAAUCUGGACUCAUCGACUGACGAGUUUCGUUUUCAGCGGAUUGAGGACGAGAAGUUCUUCCUACCGUACGGCAAGGCAGAAAGCUGCCAUUUGGUGUCGAGAAAGCAAAGCAGAGACCACAAACGGGAAUUCGCCAAGUACGAUCGCGACUCAAACAACAGGCUUGCGCUUUCUCGCGAAAUGCAUGGUUGGUUCGACGGUAUGAGCAUUGAGGUUCCCAUCGUCAACAUGCUACCCGGAUCUGUUGAAGAGAAUCAAUCCAUUGGCACCAGACGCAAGGUCGAGGUCUUCGUGAAGGUUCUGGAUGCUCAGUGCACAGAUCGCGUUUUCAGUCGUUUGAAAGGAGGAUCAACCAGGACGGACGAUCCGCUCAUGAUGAAGACGUUUGUUCACGAAGACAGUAAGUACCGCUUCUACCAAGGCAAGAACAUGGAGUCGCACCUCUACGAGGGAAUUCAGCCUGCUGAGUUCUACGACAAGCUCGAGAACGUGCUCGCAACCCAGAAGUCUGCCUUCAAGACUCGCUACUUCCACCCGAAUAUUAGCAACACGUCUGUAUUUAGCACUCCUGUAGCUAUCAACAGCAAGGCUGAUAUUCGUAAGAAGGUGAUCUCGGAGAUUCGCUCCAUGGAGUUGGCUGACAAGCUCAACUACCCCAGCUCCGGGUACAUGGUGAAGGGGAUUACUGGCUUCAAAAUCUAUAUCUACCAACGCGACCAUGCUCUGGGUGAUGGCGAGGCUGUCAUUCCUAAGGCGAUUCGUGAUAACAAGCACGUCAUCAACUUCCCCAAGACGAACAACAAGUGUGACUUCCACUGCAUUGCUUUUCACAAGCAGGAGGGAGCCAAGAAGGAUCCUCGCAGAAUCCAGGCUCUGGUGAAACAAGCCUUCAAGCAGUACUGUUCGUACAAAGAGAUCACCUACACUCUGGGUCGGUUCCGCAAUUUCAAGCCUAUCGACAUUCUCCAAUUCGAUGGGCUUGAGGAGUGCUUCAAGCUGAACAUCAACGUCUUCAACAUGGAUGUUGAGACGGGCAAGGUUGAAUGCAUUCGCUGCUCGGACAAGGACUAUGAUUCGAUCAACAUCCUGUCGCACGAGAAUCACGCUCUCUACAUCACGAACGUUGAUAUGCUCCAGCAGAAGUACCAAUGCUCUACGUGUGAGAUGGUGUUUGUUAGCUCUGAUAAGCUACGCAACCACACUAAGAACCAAUGCGAACUCGUGAACAUCGAAUCGUUCCCAGCUCAGCCAACCAUCUACCAACCCGCUCCGAACAGCAUUCGUUCCAUGCUGACUAAGUACUCCAUCAAGGAUGCUGACCAUUACAUCGAUCACUUCAUUGUCUAUGAUUUUGAGGCUAUCCUCAAGCCUACGGGUGUCAAAAACGGAGAGAAUACUAUCUUCACAAACGAACACAUUCCUGUGUCUGUUUCCGUGGCCGACAGCUUGACUGAGGAGGUGCGAUGCUGUGUCAGCGAUGACCCGAAGAAGUUGCUCAAGGAUAUGUUCCAGUACAUCAAGAAAGUUGCGGCUAAGAUUCAGCAGUACAACGUCUCGAAGUACGAGUCUUUGCUCCGCAAAAUCAUCAACGUCCAUGGUUUGACUGACGCUGAGGUUCCUGGUCUAGACUUGGGUAAGACGUACAAGACGAAUGAUGUCAAUGUUUGGAUUCAGAACGGGGAGUUUGCUUGUUUCUUCGAUUUCCACAGCAAGCUCACAUUCGGUAAGAAGCGCUCGCAUUAUGGCAAGCUGAAGCAGUGCAUUGGUCAGGUACCAGUAUUCGGAUUCAACUCUGGACGCUACGACAUCAACCUUAUCAAGGCGGACCUGUUUGCAGUCAUCGGUACUGACAACAUCACAUCAGUCAUCAAGAACCCUAGCUACAUGUGCAUCGCCACGUCAGACAUGAAAAUGCUUGACAUCAGCAACUAUGUUCCGGCAGGCACCAGCUAUGCAAAGUACUUGUCGACAUAUCUCGGUGAGUGCAAGUGCGAUGACAAGAUUCGAUGCGUCUGUGGCCUAGGAAAAGGCAUCUUCCCGUACGAGUACAUUACUUCAUUUGACGUACUCAGUCAGCCGGAAGUCCCUCCUAAGUCGGCGUUCGACAGUGCUCUUCGUAGCACUAGCAUCAGCGAUGAGGACUAUGUGCGGGUACAGUUCGUCUGGGAACACUAUGGCAUGAAGUCAAUCAAGGAUCUACUCAUUUGGUACAACAACCUCGAUGUAGUACCCUUCAUCAAGACCAUCAAAGCCCAGCGAGAACUAUUCAAACGUUUCGAACUUGAUAUGUUCACUGAUGGUUUGUUGCUACCUGGUCUCUCUGAGAAAUUCAUGUAUCAGACGUGCUUCAACAACCUCCAGCAACCAAAACACCUCAACGACUUGCUAGAGCGACAAAAGUACCUGUGUGGGCUAUGCUACAAGCAACUCACAGCUGAUACUGCCUCGGCUGACCGAAUCAAUAACAAGCUCGGACACAUCGAUGGUAAUAUCUUGAUCAGCUGUGUGGGAUGCAAUGUUGCUCGCAAGAACAUGUCGCUAAAGGGCUUCCGCCACAAGAAGCUACUUGAAUUCAACUCAGACAGGUUGGUGUACAGUAUCGAUAGAGAGGAGAAGGACAUCUACACCAAGAUGAAGGCGAACAUUGCUGGUGGUCCUUCUAUCAUCUUCAACAGAUACGCGAACGCAACGAGACCAAGAUUCGACGGGAUCUUUGGCUUCCUCGAGUGUGAUAUCCGUACACCAGAGCACCUCAAACCCUACUUCAGUGAAAUGACCCCAAUUUUCAAGAACACCCUUAUCGACUGCAGCGAUCGGAGUGUCAUCGGUCAGCACAUGUUCGAGUACAACGAGGAGCGCAAGCAAAACCGAGCAAAGCCGGCUCGCAAACUCAUCGGGAGCUACUUUGGUGAGAAGAGCCUCAUUUAUGCACCGCUACUCAAAUGGUACAUUUCUCAUGGUAUGGAGAUCACCAAGACUUACAGCUUCAUCAAGGCUAGCUCUCACAAGGCAUUUGCACCAUUCAUGGAAGCCGUAUCGAGCGCGCGACGAGAGGGUGAUGAAAAUGUUAAAUCCAUCUGUAAGAUCAUUAUUGAGAAGAUGAUGAAACUGGUUGGGAAUAGUGCGUUUGGUCGAUCUGGCAUGGACAUGAGCAAGCACAAGGAGGUCAGGUAUGAGUCGGACGAUAAGGCAAUCAAGGCCAAGAUUGAGCACUUCACCUUCCAUGGAAUGGAAGAGCUGAAUGAUUCAUGUGAAUUCACUAUGAAGAAGCGAAAGUUCAACAAUAAGAACCCAAUUCGUCUAUCGAUUGCAAUCUAUCAGCUCGCUAAGCUCCGUAUGUUGCAAUUCUACUAUGAUUGCAUUGACUUCUACUUCGACCGUUCGGAAUUCCAGUACCAAGAAAUGGACACAGACUCGGCUUAUAUUGCGUUCAGCUGUGAGAAGCCAUUCGUUGAGUGUAUCAAGCCCGAGCUUCGUUUGUUCAAGGAUGAGUGGUCUGGUGAUGCUAUGGUAUCACUGUCCGCUAAUAACUACAUUGGCUACCUUCCAGACGAAUCUUACAAGGUCAAGGUUUCAGCGAAGGGAGUCCAGCAGAGUGGUGGCCGCAAUGGCGACGUCCUCAACCCAGAUGGCUUUGAAUCAGUUGUUCGCGAUCGCAUCACGCUACAGGGCACCAACAAGGGGUUUAGACUCAGUAAAGAGACCUUAUACCAGAAGGCUAAAGAACUGGAGCCGAAGAUUACGAUGAAAAUCGUCACGGAAUGGUACUCAAACCAGAGCGAUAUUCAGCGAUUUCAGGAGCAGAAGAAGCGAUACGAUAGUUCCGGAGGCAGCUAUGGUGACAAUAGCGACCUCAACGUCGCUGAGUUGAAAGCUAUCAUGAAGAACCUCAUCAUUCAUGAUCGUCCCCAGAAGACCCAAGCCGCUGUGUGGGCUACUGACCUCGACAAGUCGACCAAGAAACAGUUCCAGAGCCCCUUCGAUAGCUCUCCAUACACGCUUCAGCCCGGGUCGUCGAUUCGCAACUUUAACGUUCGUAUUGGCUCGACUCAGGUGUUCGAUAUCAGUCAUGACUAUGAUUUCCACCACUUUACCAACGAAAUUGCUAAGAUUUCAGCGAUUAACGGAGAUCUAACCCCUGAGCUCGUAAGUGGUCUACUUGACUAUCAGACGUGGUCGCUCACAAACCGCAUGCUUAUUGCCGAUGUCAGUCGCCUGACUGAGCGCGAUGUACCUCAGGCUAUUCAGAUCCAAGCUCGACGAUACAAUGGUGGCAGGAUCUGGCUGUGCGUGGAGAACUCGACCGUGACGAAGGCUUUCGGAGUGGGUGGCAAGUAG